AUGCUCCCCAAACUACCUCCAACCCUUUCCUUCCUAGGGAGUCUCCUCCCCGUCCUCAUACACCCAACACUCAGUCACAGCAUUCCCGCUCAUCCACCCUCCCAUAUCUCUCACAACAAUCCGCUCUGCACCCCCCUCUCCUUCACCCUCACAGCAACCGCCUCCCACCUCUCCCUCGCCUCCCCUCCCGACCCUUCCAACGCAACCGCCAUCCUCGCCAUGGUCAACCAAUCCUGGGACGGCACUCUAGUGACCAACGGCACGCAACGCGUAGGAGGCACAUAUACUCUCAGAGCCAUUUACUGCCAGCCUGUUCCUGCCUCUGUCCAUCCCAAAUCCCACAAGAAUGGAAAGGAAAAUGGCGAUGUCCUUCAGAUUCUGCUCCACGGAGCCACCUACAGCAAAACCAUGUGGUCCGGCUUCGGCUUCGGCUAUCCCUAUGACUGGCACUCUUUCGCGACCUCCCAGGGAUACCACACCUUGGCCAUCGACCGGUUGUCUCACGGGGAGAAUGAUCCGCGCGGCAUCGAUCCGUUGAGGGAUGUGCAGAUGGGCCUACAAACCGAACUCUUGCACGAACUUAUUUCCUUGGUCAAAGCCAAGCCCAAGCCCAACCCCAACCCCAACUCCAGGUCAAAGUCAAAGUCAACCUCCCCAAAAAACAACCCUUUGAAAAGGACAUUCAACAAAAUCGUCCUAGUAGGCCACUCCCUAGGCUCCUACCUCUCUGUGUCCCUCGCGCGGUCUUACCCCCGCGACGCCUCCGCUUUAGUUUUAACCGGCUACAGUUCAAAGCUCAACACGCAGCACGUGUCCUCCGCACCCUGGGCACCCGCGCCUUUUGUUUUUCCCGAUCGGUUUCCUGCUGAUAAAUAUCUUCAUAACCUGGAGUUCCUCACCGUUGCGACGCUUGAAGGUCGCACAAAGGGGUUUUACGAUAACGUUACAGAUGCCGCAGGCAAGCCGUACGCGUAUGACCCCGAGCUGGCAAGGACGGAUUAUUUGUACGCGGAUGCGAACACGUUGGGGGAGGUGGUGAGUUUGGGUGAUUGGGGCGUGGGACCGGAGGAGUUUAGGGGAGCGGUGCUGGUGGCGACGGGACAGAGGGAUUGGGUUUGUUGUAGUCCGCCUGAGGAGGAGUGUGUGAAGAGACUGGAGGAGACGGGGAAGACUUUCUCAAGGGCGAAGAGGUAUGAGUUUUGGGCGCCCGAAGGGACCGGACAUGAUUUGACGCUGAGUUAUUCAGCUGGGAAGACUUUGGAGGUGGUUCAUAAGUUUUUGGAGAGGGAGGUUUGA